AUGGAAGAAGUUAAAAAAUAUGGUAAAACACUCGAGGAAAUCGAAGGAGGUUUGAUGUUCGAUGACUUUCCGGAAUCUUUGGCAGACAGCGAUGAGGAACACAAUAUUUUUGACGAUGAAUUCGAUGCAGCUAACGACGAAACAUUCGGAGGGGGACUCGAUAACAUUGGCGAGAAUACUGAACUAGAGAACUAUGCAACACAGACUGCUCGAUUGCGAUUAGAUGAUCCAGUCUGGCAAAAUCCAUCUUCAUCGGAUCAUGUUGCCCCGGAUGCUUCCGCUAUUCCAUUUCCGACUUUUGGAAGCGGGGAACCUAAUGACGCUUUCUCAUCAAGUUUCGAAGCGGAGUCUCCAUUCCUGAAAAAGUCGAUUUGGGGAAAUGGAACAGACAGCUCUUACAACAUUUGGGGAUCAGAUUUCGGUCUUCCUACUGUUCCAGCUUCAUCGAAUAUUGAAUUUGAGUUCAGCUCAAUGUUGCCAAGCGAAUCACGGGCAGUUCAAGCGCCAAAAGAUACGAAAGCAUCAGCUCAAAUACCAUCCAUGCCAAGCACCGCUUUGACAUUGCAAGAUUUCGAAAGAAUGCAAUUGGGAGAUAAAACUGACUCAUUAUCAGAUGCUUUCAAAGAUUUGCAACUGGGAAGCACUCCUGUACAACCAAGUUCAGACACACAAACGGUUCUGUCAGCCCCUGGAACGUCAGCUAAGAAUCCAUUGCCAUCUUUCCCGGUAUCAGCACUGUCUUUGGAGGAACUUGAGCAAAAAAUGAUGAAAGAGUCCCAAACUAUAAAAGACAAGUCUCGACAACAACCUCUUCCGAUAUCCCCAGGCAAUAACAGAUUUUCACAUCCUCCACCUGGGUUCAAUCAAAACGUCCAACAUAGGAUGGAUCCAAUGGUGUCUCCAGCAGCAAUGCCUGGGAUGCAGAUGCCUCCACCAAUGGGAUUUCAGCAGAUGGGCCCGAUGAUGCCGCCGCCAAAUAUGUCUCUGCCACGGCUUCCACCGUUACAUCCACAGUUUCUUCAUAUGGUCCCAAUGUGGCUCAACGCGAUUAUUGGCAAUGUGACGCUUCCGAUGGGAGCACCUCCAGUACCGCCAUUUCUUUUCCAGUUGAUGAAUCACUAUCGCAAUCCCCAAUUGGUGCAUGCUAUGAUUCUUCAAUCCUCAAUUCCACCAAACGUCAGACCAAAUGGUCCACCAUAUGACCAAUCUGGACCACAUAGCCCAGGAAAUCGAGUUCAGCGCAAGCAUUCGGGUAUGCCAUCUUCUCGAACUAUAUACGACUUGGCUCUUGAUUCAUUUGCUGGUUUUAUGUCUUUUAAAGAGCGGGAGUGGCUCAUAAAAGUUCAGUUCGUGCAAUGCAAGGGUUCUGGAGACCCAAAUGUGGACGAUUACUAUUACGUGAAAUGGCGAGAGAAUAAAAUCGCAAAUGGCUGGACUCCAGGUCCAAAAUCUGAUGUUCCGAAAAAAGAAGCAACGUCUGAAUCGCAGAAAGAGUACCUCGAACGAAUCAGGCGUUCAAAUUACCGCGAAAUGCAAAAGGAGAGAGCUCGUGAGAGGGACAGGGAGCGUCAAAAAGAGAGACAAGAACGAAUUGAUCGCGGGGAAGAAAGAAAGCCUCGACAAACUCUUUCAGACAAGUUUGCUAGCAGUUUGGGUCUCCCAUCUAAAUCAUCCACACACAAUCCACGGCAUGUACUCGACAUGAAAGCUCAAAUUGAGAGUAUUGAUAAUCAAGCAAAGAAGAUGUCAGAUGAGGAACGAAAGAAUGCUGUUCAAAAGAAGCUUAGGACGAUGUUGUUGCGUUUGGAAGGGGCUUUAGCACUACUGAUGGAAAUCGACGAACUUCGCAAAACAAAUCCAUCUGAAAAAUCGCAACAUAAAGACUUGACCAGCGAUGAAAAAGAACAAGAAGUCGAAAAGCGCACCUCAUUGAUCAUCAACGAGCUGAUGGGAGAUGACUUAUCUAAACUUAUGCAAAUGUCUAAGGGAAGAAUGGUUAUCACUAGAACGCUCAAAGUUGUUGGUCCUCGAGAUCAAGCAAGAAUUGUUCUCGCACUUAUGUCAGCUGGAGGUCUUGUAAGCAAAAAGAUGUAUGGAGAGAUAGUUCUCGACAUUCUCCCCAUUGUGCACCAGAAGAUUUCAAAUCUUCACCCGGAUCAGUUCAAAUACCUUGUUGGUGCUCUCAAUUUAGACAAUUUGAAGAGGCAACUACUAGACAGUAACAUGUUUGUCAGAGAUAUGAUGCUCACUCUCUUCUUCAUCAGCGAGAAAAAUAAUCAACAAUUACUGGAAUGGUCUAAGGCUACCAAAUUUUCAAGCCUAAAAAUGCCAUCAAGCACGCCUUUGGUUAUCUGGAGAAAAGCGUUGAGUGCCAUUAGCGACAGCGACAUUAAAGAAUUCGCUGAAGACAUAAAAUAUUCUGGAAUCGUUGAUUGUCACGAUGUUGCCCAGCUCAUUGAACAAUCAUUAUAA